CAUGAGUUUGAUUUCAUAGUGAUUUGGGAAAAAGAGUAUUUUAUUCUUCACAUAAAUAUUCCGACAAGUUUAUUUCCAAAUUACAAGUGGAAACAGUUUCGAGCUUUUUAAGCGGAUAAAAAUUCGGAUUCGAGAGUCUAGAGAGUUGCAUUCAAAAUGGAGGAAGAUCGAUGUGAUGAACGUCUCGUGAACGAAUUGAAGCUCACAGACAUCAAUGUCGACUGUCUUGAGCACAUUUUCAUGCAUUCGACCGUCGAUGAUUUUGUGAACAUCGCUCAUACGAACACACAAUUGAAACCGGCCGCUGAUUUGGCGUUCGCGCGAAAAUUCGGCAAGAAAAAGUUUUAUUUUCGUGUUGAAAGUCUGUAUCCAGAUGAUUUGUCACUUACUGGGGAGGAAUGGAUCAUUGUCCAUGACUUGCAAACAUCAUUACGUUUGUUGCGAUGCUACGGUCACUUAAUUUUGAGACUUCAUAUUGAUUAUCAAAAACAAUUGCGUCCCGCUCCUAUCAAAGUGCUUCGAUACGUUAACAAGUUCUGCUAUGAAUCGUUGGUCGAAAUUUCAUUCCAUGGAAUUUUCAAGUUCGCCUUCGAAUCAGCAAUGAAAAAGCCAUUUUCAAACGUCCAAAAAGCUUCAUUCACCGGUUGUCAUUUGGGAACGAGAAUGACGAGGUUCAACGAUUGGUAUCCUGCAUUGCGUCGCUUGGACUUGAUUCACAAUCGGUUCGAUGAUGCCCCUUCAAUUGCCGAACACAUUCCCAAUUUGGAGCAUUUGACAUUUGUCGGUGGUGGCAAGAUUUCAGCCACAGAUAUUUUGGCGGUGGUGCGUGUCAAUCCGCAAAUGCUUAGCUUGUCGUUGAAUCGAGUUUAUUCGGCGAGAUUUUUUCGAGUUCCAAGCGAAACAUUGCCCCAGUUGGAAAGCCUUGAAUUGCGUGGCUACCCAGAUGAUUUUGCCACUUUCAAUGGUGACGUGGUCAAUUUUAGGACCGUGAAAAAACUGGAAAUCAUUUUCAAAAGCUAUGGUGGCAUCACACAGUGGGUGUCAACGAUCAAACUCUCGUUCAAUCGACUCGAAGAAAUCACCAUGGACUUGGAUAUUUACAGCUGGGUUGAUGAAUUGACGGAUUUUCUCAAGCGGCAUCAAUCAAUCAGAAUAGUCAAUUUGCGUUGGUCCAAUGAAAACACAGACGCUGUUAGUGAUUACACUUUGAGCGAAAUCGCUCAAGCGUUGCCAUUGUUAGUCGAGCUCAACUUUUUUGGCCCAGGGUGUCCGAUCGACUCAACCAUUCGCCUGUUGAACAAUCUGAAAUUAAUGAGCUACGGCUUUUCGGUCAUUGAUCGCUUAGAAUUCGACUAUGUGAAGACAAAAUUGGGCAACAAGUGGGAAGCAUCGAUCGAUGGUCGUCGCGUUCAAGUGCUACGUGCAAAUUGAACAAACGUCGAAUUGACGAGGAUCGAAUCGGAUUUAGAAUCAAACUCAAAUUCAGACACCGACAAAAAAUCAAACUCAUUACGUAGCCACAAUUUCAAAUAUUUUCGACUUAUGUCUCUAUAUUCAAAAUGUCGAACAAAAACUUUCAUUGCAAAUGCUA